AUGCUGUAUGCUGAGCGCAUUAUUUCUGCAGAAAAAAAAAAUAAAUUAAUUUACAAAGUAGAUAUUGAUGUAGCUUAUAAUGAAAUUUUAAGGCUAUUCGAACUACAAGGUUCCAGAAUCUUUUGGCCAAAUACUAAUAAGCAAUCAGAUUUAAAUAAAGAUCCUUUCCAUUCAGAAUUAAAUGAUAAUAAACGUAAAUUUAGUACUACUGGAGCUCCACCAAAGUCAUCAGCAAAACCAAGGAAGCCAUCACGAAUUUUAUGUAGCUUAGAAAAUAAUGAAUCCUUUUCAAUUCAACAAAGAACAACAAAACGUACUCAAAAACAAAUUCAUGCACAUAAGGAAAAUAAAUCUAAUUUGGAAUCACUCACAUACGAAAAUAAUAAUAAUAUAACUUCAUAUAAUCCAUAUUUUGAUUUAAAUACUACCACCAGUCUUCCUUUAUCUACCCCAAUUACAUUUCCUUUACAUACGAAUAUUUCUUUCCAACCCAUAUAUUCAACUUAUACAGUUCCUAAUAAUUCCUAUAAUAAUUCUCAAGAACAUUCUUACCUUUCUAUUAGAAAAUAG